AUGAUUGCCAAGGUACUUGUAGCCGUGCUAGUAGUGGCUACAGCAACCGUCUGUUACGCUGGUGGUCACGGAGGUUAUGGUGGUGGCUACGGUGGUGGCUACGGCGGCGGCUAUGGAGGCCAUGGCGGGCACAGCACGGUGCACCGGAAACAAGACGACCACGGCAAUUACAAGUUCGGCUACCACGUCCAGGACGGUCACGGUGCCACCCACGGCCGACAAGAGCACGGUUCAGCCUACGGACCUGUGUAUGGAUCCUACUAUUUGGGUGACAUCGACGGACGUCACCGUGUCGUCCAAUACGUCGCUGACAAGUGGGGUUUCCGGGCCAUCGUGAAGACCAACGAACCUGGCACCAAGACCAGCCUUCCAGCGGCAGCUCCGUACAUCUCCGCCAACGGCAAGAGCGUUCCUGCCUAUGGGCACGGAGGAGGAUACCACGGCUGA